GCCCAUAAACGGAAAAUGGAGAGUGGACCGUAAAAAGGUUUGGCCCUCGUGCUGGAAGUCAGGCCUAAAGUCCGUUCGGUUUAUGGCCAAUUAGAGAGCGCCUCAUUUGCAUCGGUCUUGGCAUGGCCAAAUGCGAAUGUCUCCUCGCUGCGGGCCUGGUUCCAUUGAUGCUGGCCAGCUCCAUCGUGGCCACUUGGACUUGGAGGUGUUUGUACAAAGAAUUUCCAGUGGACGUUGAAAAGAUCAAGGGCGGCUGGUAUGUUUAUGGGACUAGUCCAGGGAAAAUUAAGGUCUGCUUCUUUGAAGAGCUGGAUCUCUAUUGGACCAGGAUCACCCAAACGGACUUUACAAAUUAUGCCGUCGAGCUGCACUGUUCCUUGCCCUGGAUGCGUCAUCAGAUGGCUAUUUAUACCCGGAAAGCCAUGCCGAGUGAAAAGACUCUCGAAGAUAUAGCUGCGUAUCUGAAGACAGUGGAUCUGACAAUCAAAAACUUCAGCCUAAUCCGGCAGAAUAAGGACUGUCGGUCCAAGAAGCCACCGAUCAUGCAGCGCUGGCAUUUGUCCCGAUAUCUGUACAUGGAUUAUAAUCCGGUUUAUGUCAAGCCCUUGGUGGAGAACGAAAACAUCUGAGCCGGCCAUUGUGCGGCAUC